AUCGGAUUUUCAGUAUCCAGGAAGGAGAACGAUGACUGCCAGUCCAAUGACAAUAAUUCAAUCAGCGAAACUGCUGCCCGAUCCCCCAACCAGCCUGUUAUAUAUGUGGGUUGGCGGACAGCAAAGAUCACAGAGUCUCAGCUUGAGGCCUACUUCUCUGCGUUCGGCAGGGUAACAAAGGCCCAAGUAGUAUACGAUCGGGACACCGGCCAGUCCCGCGGCUUCGGCUUCGUCACAUUUGCUGACAACACCGCCUUCAAGAAGGGCGUGCUGGAGGUCUGCCACUUUCUCAACGGUAGUCGCCUCACAGUCCAGCCUUCGAGGAGCAAUGCACAUUACGUUGACAGCUUGAGCUGCAACCAUUUGUUUUAG